AUGGCCGACUCAACAACCCCCAAAAUCACCCUCCACACCUACUUCCGCUCCUCCUGCUCAGCCCGACUCCGCAUCGCCCUCAACCUCAAAUCCAUCCCCUACACCUCCAUCGCCGUCAACCUACUCAAUGGAGAGCAACUGACCCCAGAAAACCGCACCCUCAACCCCUCCGCCACAGUGCCCACCCUCAUCAUCACACACCCAACCAAAGCACCCACCACCAUCACCCAGUCCCUCGCCGCACUCGAGUACCUCGAAGAAACGACCCUGGGGUCCAGCCACGCGCUGCUCCCACCGGCGUCCGAUCCCGAGGCGCGCGCCCUCGUCCGCACCCUCACAGACAUUCUGUCCUGCGACAUCCAGCCCGUCACGAACCUCAAGAUCCUGAAGCGGGUGGCGCCGUUCGGCGUCGACAGGGCCGCGUGGUCGAAGGAGCUGAUCGAGGACGGCUUCCGCGCGUAUGAGGCCAUUGCCGCGCGGACGGCGGGAGUCUUCAGCGUCGGCGAUAGCAUCACCAUGGCCGAUGUGUGUCUUGUUCCUGCGGUGUGGGGUGCGGAGCGCGCGGGCGUGAAGGUGCAGGAGUUUCCGACGAUUUGGCGCGUUGCGCAGCGGCUGGAGCUGGAGGAUGCGGUGAAGAGGGCGCAUUGGAGGACGCAGCCUGAUACGCCGGAGGAGUUUCGGAUGGAGGUGUCGUGA